AUGUCUAGAAAUUUAUGGGUAGAUGAUGAUUCAAGCGAUGACGAUGCAGUAUGGGCAUCUGCUAAUACUAAGUUCCAAACAAAGAAGCAAAAUGGCCCACAAAAAAUAAUAGAUACUUCAGGCGGAUAUCAAAAAGCCAAAAGAAAUAAAACAACUAAUCAAAAUCAAAAUACAUCAUCCAAUGGAACAAGCAAAAGUCCAUGGAACUAUCAACAAUCCGAUUCUGAUGAAGAUUUAAAAGGAUGGGGAAACAAAUCUUCACAAAAUUCAGAAAAAUCCGAACAGAACACUACAAAAAAUCGUAAUACAUCUUUUUCCUCACAAAAAUCUUCAGAAAAGCCAAAAACAAAUGAAGAUACUUCAGGUGGCUAUAAAAAGAAAGAAAAUGCUGAAAACAGUGACUUAGAUCAUGGAUUUAAUACAUCACAAAAUCCAAAUUCCAAUAAAAAUGAUCUAUCAUCAAAUAUUUCCCAUGAAAACAGUAAUUAUAACAGACCAGGAAUGCUUCCUCCAGAUGAUACAGGAAAUGCAAGCCAAACUGCAAAUCAGCCACCUCCAUUUCAAAAUCAAAAUAUUUAUCCAACAGGAUAUCCAGAGGGAUACUUACCUUCUGCACAGCCAGUAUCAGAAAACAUAUUGGACAUCCAAGGUGAACCAGAAAUUGAAGUUGAAGGCUGGGGUAAAAAAUGGAGUCCAAACGAUCUUGGAUCUGAUUGGAAAGUUAUUACAAAUCAAUAUGGAGGUGGAGCUCCACCUUCGCGAGCCAAAAAACCUCUAUUCAAUCAAAGAAAAUAUUUUGAUAAUUAA